AUGUUCCAAAAGAAAGCAAUUGUUAUUGAUGGCAAAGGUCAUUUGUUAGGUCGUUUAGCCUCCGUUGUUGCUAAAUCCCUCCUCUCUGGUCAAAAGAUCGUUGUUGUCCGUUGUGAAGAGCUCAACAUCUCAGGUCCAUUAUCACGUAACAAAUUAAAAUGGGCUGAUUUCCUCAACUUAACCAUGAACACCAAUCACGCUCGUGGUCACAGACACGGUAGAUCACCAUCAAAGAUCUUCUGGAGAGCUGUCAGAGGUAUGUUACCACACAAAACCCCACGUGGUCAAGCUGCCCUCGAUAACAUGAAAGUUUUCGAAGGUGUCCCAGCCCCAUACGAUAAAGUCAAGAGAGUUGUUGUCCCAUCUGCUCUCCGUGUUGUCAAAUUAAACACCACCCGUAAAUACACCGUCUUAUCUCGUUUAUCCCAAGAAGUCGGUUGGAAAUACAGAGCUGUUGUUGCCAAAUUAGAAGUCCAAAGAAAACAAAGAUCUUCAACUUAUUACCGUAAAGCUGCUUUAGUCAAAGCCUACAGAACUCAAGCCUUAAAGAAAUUCUCUGCUUAA